CACUGGGGCCGGGAGCGGGGAGCGGUGGCGUGGAGGUGUCCUCGCGCCCGCAGCCGCGAUCCGGUCGGAGCUGUGUGGGCUCAGGCAAGCCAGCCGACCGCAACGGGAAGCCGGGCGGAACGGAGCGGCGGGAGCAGGAUGGCAGAGGCCGUCGGAGCCGUGGCACUGAUUGCGGCCCCGGCCCGCCGGCGCUGGCUGUGGUCGGUGCUAGCCGCGAUGCUCGGGCUGUUGACAGCUAGAAUAUCAGCCUUGGAGGUCCAUACUCCUAAAGAAAUCUUUGUGGUGAAUGGGACGCAAGGGAAGCUGACUUGCACAUUCGAUUCUCCUAAUACAACUGGAUGGCUGACCACGGUCUCCUGGAGCUUCCAGCCAGACGGCACUGACAGCGCUGUGUCGUUUUUCCACUACUCACAAGGACAGGUGUACAUUGGGGAUUAUCCACCAUUUAAAGACCGAGUCACCUGGGCUGGGGACCUUGACAAGAAAGAUGCAUCGAUCACUAUAGAAAAUAUUCAGGCUGUUCACAAUGGCACCUAUAUCUGCGAUGUCAAAAAUCCUCCUGACAUUGUUGUGCGGCCUGGACACAUUAGACUCCACGUGGUGGAAAUAGACAACUUGUUGGUGUUCCUGGUUUGGGUGGUGGUGGGCACUGUCACUGCUGUGGUCCUUGGCCUCACUCUGCUCAUCAGCUUGGUCCUGGUCGUCCUCUACAGAAGGAAACAUUCGAAGCGGGAUUACACCGGCUGCAGUACCUCAGAGCGUUUGUCACCAGUUAAGCAGGCUCCACGGAAGUGUCCCUCCGACACAGAGGGUCUAGUAAAGAGUCCGCCUUCCGCCGGAUCUCACCAGGGCCCAGUCAUUUACGCACAGUUAGACCACUCUGGCGGACACCACAGUGGCAAGAUUAAUAAAUCAGAGUCGGUUGUGUAUGCGGACAUCCGGAAAGACUAAGAGAACACCCCAAACAUUUCCAAACUGGACUCUUGUGCAGAAAAUGUCCAUAACUGUGUGUGGCCUUGAGGACUCGGGCAAGGACAAGCACAUGUAUACUCGGAGAGAGCAGAAAAUGUGUAUAGAGGAUAUGUAUAUUCUAUUUAAUCUUCCUGAUGUGAGAGGCCAACGUUGCAUGAUGACAUGGUAUGAGUCUACGUAUGUGUAAAUUGUCUUGCUGUUUCUGUAUAUUCUUUCAGAGUCAUUUCUAGCUGGAAAGUUUCAGAAACAUCCUGCGGUCCCAGGCAUGGGAUGGUUUGCCUUACUGAAGACUCUGCAGAACCGUUAGUCUUUCCAACAGACGUGGCCUUUUUCAUCUAAGGGCUCAACCAGUCUAAGCAUUUCUUGUAGUUAGAGAGCGAGAUGUUCAGUGGAAGUGUGUCUCUCCCAGAAUCAGGACCAUUUGUUCUGUGCCCGUGCUAGCUGAUAGACACCAUCCAUUAGCCAUGCCACCCGAGGACAGUUUGAGAAGUUAUUGUUGAUGUUUUUCUUUAUAUGAGGGAAUCUUGAGCUUGAGAUCGUCCUUGUCACCAUCCUGCUAUUAGCUACGAUCUCACCAAUGAGUUCUUGUCAACAUGCAGACAGCGAAGCUGGCUGAGGCUGUGGUUGUGGUUAAAAGGGUACAGGUUACAGAGCCCCAGCAUGACAAUAGCGUGUGGAAGACUUCAGAGGAAGCCAGCAUCUUCCUUUCUCCUCCUCUUAGGGAUGCUAUGAAUGAACCACACACUCUAGAUACCUUCUGACACUGGGUUCUUUACCAUCUCCUUGUGGUGCUGAGACCGUGUAUAUGGUGCUAGUACUCAGUGGGCUUUGUUCAAAUGACACCUCUUCUUAAGGGCUUUCUACAUCUGGCUCCAUGACCUCCCUGCCCAGUCAGAACCAAAUCCUCUGUUGGCCAAGCCAACCUUCUUCUCUAGGCAGAAACCUGUAGCUGCCGGCCUUCCUGGACUGAGCCUGCAGCCUGGUUCCAGCUGCUCGCAGGUCAGUGUGCUGCCGGCCUUCCUGGACUGAGCCUGCAGCCUGGUUCCAGCUGCUCUCAGGUCAGUGUGCUGCCGGCCUUCCUGGACUGAGCCUGCAGCCUGGUUCCAGCUGCUCGCAGGUCAGUGUGCUGCAGGCCUUCCUGGACUGAGCCUGCAGCCUGGUUCCAGCUGCUCGCAGGUCAGCCUGCAGGCUUCAUGACCUAACUCCACACAGCACCUCCUCUGGAGUAUCCGGUCUCUUUCUUGCAACUCUGCGUUCUGGGCCCGGCUACAGAUAACAGUGAGGUCACGUCCAGAUGGCAGACCUGUGUGUCCUGUCUCUUCUGACCAGAAGAAUGCAUUGGAAUUGAGAAGAGACACCUAGGGAUGGCUUUAAAAAUUCCUGCCCAUGUUUUCUCGUGGAAAUGUAUCCAGCUGGAGAGAUAACAAGUUCAUUGUUACUUUUUGAUAUUUUCAUUUGUACGUCUGUGAAUAUUUUAAUACAUCUUUUUCGAUUUCUGAAUGGUGUUGUCUGCUGGUUUUUAACCAAACAGAAAAAGAGAUAAAAGCCUUUUCAUCUGAGCCAUUGCAGCUCUCAGCCUCUAUCCUUGAAAACACCCGACCUG